GCGUCACUAAUGGCAGUCGUUGAGAUGUGACCGAGCUAAACAGACGUACUGUGAAAUCGUUUGUCUUCGCACUCGACUCCGCAAACUUAUUAUCGAUGUUGUAUUGUGUUAAGUGUUAAUAAGCAGUGCCGUUGUAUCAAUUUUAAAUAAUCAAUGUUAAAGAUUCUGGACCUAGAAGUAGAACAAGCUACAAUGAAUAACAUCGUGGCCCAGUCUACAAAAUGGCGAACUAAUAUGGCAAAAACUAAAUAAUUUUUAUUGUUGUUCAAUAUGAGUUCAUUUACCGGUAACACGGACUCGUCAGUCAACACUUCUAUUCCAGUGGACCCGACACUCAUAUUUGGCCCUCAAAGGGAUUCACUUUAUAUAGUGUUGCCAAUAACUAUUAUUUAUACCCUAAUAUUCAUAACCGGGGUAAUGGGAAACAUUUUUACGUGUAUAGUUAUAGUACGAAAUAAAAGUAUGCACACGGCCACCAACUAUUAUCUGUUUAGUUUGGCCAUGUCUGACCUGCUACUUUUAAUUAGCGGUAUGCCGCAAGAAAUAUACUCUAUAUGGUCAAAAUGGCCAUAUGUUUUUGGCCACACUUUCUGUGUAAUAAGAGGCUUGGCAGCAGAGACUUCGACUAACGCCAGCGUGCUCACAAUAACUCUGUUUACAAUAGAGAGAUACCUCGCAAUAUGCCACCCAUUUGUAUCACAUCAAAUGUCUAAACUGUCUAGAGCAACGAAACAUGUGAUUUUAUUGUGGAUGGUGGCAUUGGGGUCAGCUCUACCCCAGGCGCUACAAUUCGGCAUACGAAAUCAUAAAGGUGUUACCAUGUGUUUACAAACAAGGGUUAUUAUUGAAAAUUCAUUCGAAAUAUCAACAUUUGUGUUUUUCUUUACCCCGAUGGUAAUAAUAACCGUGCUGUAUUUAUUGAUUGGAUUAAAACUGAGAGAAACGAGUAUUACCAAAGAACAAAAUCAGAAAGACUUUCAAUCGAGCAAAUAUACUCACAAUAUUCGACGGAAACACGGUCAGUCAACAAGACGAGUCAUCAGAAUGCUUGUGGCAGUGGUGAUUGCAUUUUUUAUAUGUUGGGCGCCUUUCCACGCUCAAAGACUGGUAGCUAUCUACGGAACAACUGAGGAUCACUUAGCAAAGUCACCAAUACUGCUGUCGGUGUAUUCUCUCCUCACAUAUACUUCUGGAGUGUUCUACUACAUGUCGACGUGCAUCAAUCCGAUAUUCUACCACAUCAUGUCCAACAAGUUUAGAGAUGCUUUUAAGAGUACUAUGACAAUGUGGUGUUGCCGAUCGAAGGAAAGAGGCGCCAUGCAACGCUGCUCCUACACCGCAAUGGCGUUCGUUCGAAAUCCAACUACCUCUGGAACUAUCAACUCAGGUAAUUCGCUCAAGAACGAAGCAAGUUUUCGUAACAAAACACGAAAACAGGAUAUUGUGGACGGCAACAAUCAUAUAAACUUAUGUCAAAACGGACUGAUGGGCUACACACCACUCGGAAGAAAUACAACGAACCAAGAAAAUUCCUUUGUAAAAUGCGAUAUUAACAAUAUACAUAAUACAAACGGAAGAAAAACGAGCAUGUCCGUCUGUUGCACUUAUCAGUCUCCGGUUUCCGUAAGACCAGAACCAGCUACCAUAAGCGAAUGUUCUGCGAAGUCUAGCAGUUCUCCAGACGACCCAGAUAACUAUCUGAAAGAAGUUAAGUUAAAACUACAACUACGCGAGAAGAUUUUUAUCUGAUUACAACAGUAUUUGAACUAUUAGUUACUCUUACCUUACCCUUUAUGUAAGAGAAUUAAAUAAAUUCUAAGUUUUAUAUAAUCUUAAACCUACUAAAAAAUAAACAAAAUUCAGUCCUACAUUUCAUGCGUCUCUAAAUGAGCCGGCGGAUGCAAGUAUAGAAAAGAUGCGGCAAAUUAAAGGCGCUCUUAGAUCUUUACCUUAACGUGCGUAAUUUUUUAUGGUAAUUCUUAUAGAUUUGAAAAGCAGCGCGGAACCAGUGAUGUUUGCUGCAACCGCAGCUAAUUGGAAGGCGCAAUUAUUUUGUACUGGAACUGUGUUUUUAAUAUAUGACAGUUUUAUUUCGAAUAUUUAUUUUUAGUCUUUAUAAUACUAAAAAAAGUGCAAAUUUUUCAUCUCUCCGUAAAAAAUUGUAUGCAAUAAUAUAUUCAUUAUAGCAUUCAAAGAAAUUAUCAUAUUAUUUAAUAUCAUAAUAUUAGAAGUAAAUGAGUAAUAGCCAUCUAUAAAUUCCAAAAAAAUACAGAAAUCAGAUUUUUCGGAUGUAUUGAACUUUACCUAAUCCCUACAGGAAAGUGGAAACUUGAGGAAAGCUGUUUUUAUGUCGCUCAGCGCGCAGUGCCGGUCGGGGUGCCUAAAAAAACCAUUAGUAAUGUUGCCUGCAAAAGAGAAGGGAAAAUGUGAAAACGAUUUCCUAGAAAUCUGCUCGCUAUCCUGGGUUGGCGGAUAGGGUGUACUGUACAGAUAUUUAAGUAUUUUUUUAAUUCUCAGUAAACACUGUUGUGUAAAUGUGAAAAUAAAAUAUACCUUAAAUAUUUAAAAGGUACAAACUAUUAUGAGUACCUUCAAUGGGCGAAGUACUAAUAAAUAUUAGAAAAAAGUAACCAGGAGCUUUCACCAGACUGAAAGGAACACAGGGCAUAUUUGCCCCUAUAAAAAUAAAUAAAAUAAAAUAAAAUAAAAUACUUUAUUUAU